GAUGAGACGGCAGAGACGCAGCCCAUCGCCAAGAGCGAAAUGAUCCGGGAUAACAGCGAGCUUAAACAGCACAUUAUCGCCGAGGAAUUAUCUAUCUUGGGGAUCUCAUUCCGCGAAUACUUUUCUGUUUCCGAUGGGGCACA